AGGGUGUGGCCGCAUUAAACAGCAGCACAGUCAGAUCUGCGCUUCUGCGCACGUGUGUUUGGUAGCGCUUCUUCUCGGCACUGCAAGCGAUGAGUGAUCUCUCUGACGCCGAAAUCGUCCGCCUCGGCAGCGAGGCAUAUGUGUUCGGGUGAGUCAGUCAGUAUGUGCCUGAUCGGAUUGUCAUGUGUGGUGGGUGGUGGGGAAAGGGGAGGGAAGGCAAUGAAUGAACGCCUUGGCGAACGCGUGUGCGCCUCUCUCUCCUCUGCAGGUAUCCCCUGGUGCUUAUGCAGCUGACCAAGCUCAACCUGAGCAAAGAGGUACCUGCUGGGCUGGGCUGGGCUGUGUUGUGUUGUGUGAGCGAGGGUGCUGUCACUGCCGUGUCGAUGACUGCAUGCACGGAAACAAAAACACUGGUGGUUGCUGUGCUGACUGACGCCUGCGCCCUAUCCUAUCUGUUUCCUUGCUGCAGCCCAACAAGUUCCACCACAUGUUCAAGACGCCUGAUCACAACUUCCGCCAAGUGAGCUGCACACUCAGCAGCCGCCCACGCCACGCACAUCGCAUGUGUCGACACAUGGCGUUCUUGGCCUGUACCCCUUUGUGGUAUUUUUCCAGGUGGUGAAGCCGAACAAUGACACGCUCUACUCGACAGCUUUCCUCGACCUCACCGCAGGCCCUGUGGUGGUCUCGGUGCCCGACACGAAUGGCAGAUACUACCUCAUUCAGUGCAUGGUGAGGGAGAGGCAGGGAAACACAUACACACGGAUGGAUGGAUGGAUGCCCCUUCUGUCUGUCUCCUAUGUGCCGUCUGUCUGCAUCUGCAGGACGCCUGGAGCAACGUCUUCGAGUCGAUCGGCACGCGCACCACCGGCAACAAGGAGGGCCACUUCGCCUUCUGCGGCCCCUCAUUCAAGGGCACCCUCACAGGCGCCCCCAAGAACGUCACGCGCGUCGACUGCCCCACCAGCAUGGCGUGGCUCAUCGGCAGGGCGCAGCUCAAUGGCCCUGACGACGUGCCGGCGGUCAACGCGAUGCAGAGGAAGCUGGGCAUGACCAAGUGGGAGGCGUUUGUGGCUGGCAAGGUGGACACCGAGGGACUCGACGCCUUCGCUCUUCCCAAGAAGGGCGAGCCCAAGGAGGUAAUAAGGUGUUGGGGGAGGAGAGAGGCACAUGAAUCGACGGAUGAUUAGAGUGCGGUGGAUCGAGUGUCUGUGUGUGUGCAGGAGGUUGCGGACAUGUCUGCGUCGAAAUUCUUCGGCACGUUGGCAGAGCUGAUGAAGGACAACCCCCCAGCGCCAGCCGAUGCAGCCAUGGAAGCCGACCUCAAGAAACUCGGUAAGACGAUGGAAUGAAACCACAACCAGGUAUCUCGACGCCCAGACACGCACAUAUGCAUGCCAUCCCCUGACUGACGCAGGCAUCGUUGCCGGCGAGCCGUUCAAGCCCUCCGACCACGUGCUGCGUGUGCUGAGCGAGGAGAGCAUCCCGACCGGCAAGAAGAAGCUAGGUGAGCUGCCCGGAGAGCCGCCAAAGCACUCCAACGGCUGGAUAAACGCAGAGGAAACAUUUCCGAUCGGCAGCUACGGAAAGGACUACCACGCAAGGGCAUUCAUUGCGCUGCUAGGUAGGGUAGGUGGGUGGGUAUUUAUAGCAAGGCACCAACGCAGGACAGGCGGCACUGGAUCGGCACCCUUGUGCGUGUGCGGUCAGGUUUCGGUGCCAAUCUCCGCCAGGAUGCCGUGUAUCCGAUGCUCAAUCGGGACAGCGAGGGUCGCCCCCUGUCGACGUUGGCUGACGGAGCCGAGGCCCCCCUGGUGGCCUACAAGCUGCACUUCCCACUCGGCACCAUACCGCCAGUGCAGGUGGGAGUGGGGAGUGAGUGGGGCAGGGAGACCGGUGUGGUGGGUCCAUCUUGUCCAUCCUGCCUGCCUGCCUGUACGCCCUGGAUGUGUGGUGUUGUGUGACGUAGGCAUUCUGGAGCCUGACGCUGUACGAUGCCGCGGACUAUCUGUCCGAGAACCCCAUCAACCGUUUCUGCAUCGGCGACCGUGACAAACUCGAGUAUGCAGCGGACGGCUCCCUCACCCUGACCAUCUCACACGAGGCACCCAAGGACCAGCCGCAGGCCAACUGGCUGCCGGCACCCAAGGGAGUCUUCUCAAUCGUGCUGCGCCUGGUGAGAGAGCCAGAGGCUUGGAUGGAUGGAUGGAUGGAUGCCGCAUCUCUCUGCUGCUGUCUGUCUGCAUAUAUCGCAUCUGCAGUAUUGGCCGAAGCAAUCGGUCGUCGAGGGACUCUGGACGCCGCCGCCCCUCGUCAGGGCGUGACCGAGAGGGCAGGUGGGUGCGGUGCGACAAUGAGCGAUGCCGAUUCGCCUUUCUUUAGUAUGCAUGUAGUCCGUCGCUUGUCGCACGACCUGCCGUCACGGCGCCUUUUUCGUAUGGUGGCUGCUUGUGGGUAUAGGACGUUUUGAUGUGGGUAUGGUGUGGUGGGCAGGCAGAGGCGAGAGAUUGAUAGUCAGUGCAGUACCAUGGGAUGCAAUAUAUAGGCCAUCAUAGCAGUCAUAAUUAUUAUGUGUCUCCGUGAGAUGCCUUUUUUCAAUGGCAGCAAGGGAAUGCGACGACGGGGUGACCAUGACUUGCAGACAGUGCAGAGAAGCCCGUUGGAAGAGUAGUGAGACAGACGGUAGCUGACGGUACGUACGAUGCGUGUGAUCAAGUGACGAGACACGACCCCUACGCCUCGAUAUGCAACACCUGCGUGUCAAACCGGUUCACGUGCCG